UGACAAGCUCAGUUUGGGCUACGGAUAAUCGUCGGCCCACGUCUUUAAACUUGAAAGGCCAACAGGAAGAGCCAGAUGACUGAACUACCCUUCAUCCCCCAAUUUUUUUUACUUCCGUUGCUUCUUGUUGCUCAAGAAGGAACGAAUAGAAUACCCUCCCUUUGUUCUUCGCUCAACAGAAAGGAUCGCAACUUUGAAUCGGGAAGCUCAGACCAAUCAGUUGCAGCAGCAGAUCAACGAUAAUGGAGUGCGUUUUCGGGUUAGUCGGGAAUGAUUACGCAGUAGUGGUGGCGGAUACCUCCGCCGUGCACAGCAUCUUGGUUCACAAAUCCAACGAGGACAAGAUCAUGCUCCUCGACUCCCACAAGCUCGUCGCCGCCAGCGGCGAGCCAGGCGACAGAGUUCAGUUCACGGAGUAUAUCCAGAAGAACGUGGCUUUGUAUCAGUUCAGGAACGGAAUCCCUCUGACAACAGCGGCUGCAGCCAAUUUCACUCGGGGAGAGCUGGCUACUGCUUUGAGAAAGAAUCCAUACCAAGUGAAUGUGUUGAUGGCUGGGUAUGACAAGGAGAUUGGUCCAUCUUUGUACUACAUUGACUACAUUGCUACCCUUCACAAGGUCGACAGGGGAGCAUUUGGGUAUGGCUCCUACUUCUGCCUUGCCAUGAUGGACAGACACUACCACAGCGGGAUGACCGUGGAGGAAGCGAUCGACCUGGUGGAUAAGUGCAUCCUGGAGAUCCGGUCGAGAUUGGUCGUGGCACCACCAAACUUCGUUAUUAAGAUCGUUGACAAGGAUGGUGCGAGGGAGUAUGCCUGGCGGGAGUCGGUCAAGCCUGAUGUAACAGCUUAAAUGAGAGGAGCUCACUUGCUCUUGUUGCUGAACCUCUCUACUGUUCUUUUAGCUGGCUAAAUUUGUAUGGAUCACCAUGGGACUCCCGGGAUGUUUACUCGGAGAACUAUCUUGAAGCUUUUCUUUUUGGCUGCCUUUUCUUAUCGUGUUACCUUGAGUUCCAGAAUGGCUACAAUGUUUGGAGUAUCAGUUAAUGCACAUUUCUUACCGCGUGAAAGCUUGUUUUGACUUUUGACUUUUGAAGUCGCCUCCAAACUAAUAGCCAUAUGGGUAAUUAUACCAUAAGGUCGAUUUAUUAAGUGGUAUGGUGCGAUCGGUAGAUGAAAAAUUUCUGUCGGUUUUGACUAAUUAAGUAGUAAAAAAAUU